AUUUUCACAGCCUAAAUAAUUUCCAUCGGAACUUCUGUUAUAUAAUUUGGAUUAGCAUUUUCAUAUUAUUUACUCUGAUUAUCAGUAUAUUAUUUUUAUUUUCGUAUUUCAAAGCAGUUUUGUGAAAUUAUAUUUAUAACGUGCCUUUGAUUUCUUGAAUAAAACAUGCCAGGAGAUACUCCAAAUUCCGCCAACAACGACGCAACAGUUUCUCGUGUUGGCGUCAAACUUCCGCCUUUCUGGAAAGCUAACCCUGCAUUAUGGUUUGUUCAACUUGAGGCGCAAUUCGCCUUGGCGGGAAUUACUGCUGACGAUACAAAAUUUAAUCAUGUUGUUUCUGCAGUUGAUUCUGAUAUUUUGAAUUGUGUAAGCGAUAUAAUAUUGAAACCUCCUGAUACUGAUAAAUAUCCAACAUUAAAAAAACGUUUAAUUGAGUUGCAUUCUGAAAGUGAAGCUUCGAAAAUACGUACGCUGCUACAAGGCCUAGAACUUGGCGACCAACGACCAUCUCAGUUAUUAGCUCGUAUGAAAACAUUGGCGGGCGAUGCUGUUGGCGAGCCUCUCUUAAAAUCUCUUUGGCUCGGAAGACUGCCAAACAGCACACAAACUAUUUUAACUGCUUUGAAUGAAGAUUUAGCUGGUUUAGCAUCAGUUGCAGAUAAAAUAAAUGAUUUGGCUGGCUAUUCAAACAUUAAUUCCGUUACUCCUCAAUCUUCGAAUAAUCAAAUAGCCCAACUUGAAAAACAAGUCGCCCAUUUGACGACUUUAGUUGGCGAGCUUACUACAACAAUGCGCCAAUCACGCUCUCAAAGCAGAAAUAGAAAUCGACCUUUUAAAAACAGUCGUAGUUGCUCUCGUGAUCGCUUAAAAAAAUAUAAAGAACCUGCUGAUGGCAUUUGCUUUUAUCAUACAAAUUUUGGCACAAAAGCAAAAAAAUGUAGUUUGCCUUGCUCUUUCAAGAAUUCGGGAAACUAAAUCGGCGGUCGUCCACUGGCCUUGGCCACGAUCGCAAAGUUAAUAGAAUUAUGCUGGCCGAUAAAGUUAGUAAAUGGAAAUUUUUAGUGGAUACAGGCGCAGACGUAUCUGUUUUACCAAACAAUUAUGCUCCUAAAGCUGAUUCCUCUAAUGAAUUACUCCUCUUAGCUGCUAAUGGCACAAAAAUAGCUACUUUUGGUAAAAAACGCCUUACGCUAGACUUAAAUUUACGGCGAAAUUUUACUUGGUCUUUCAUAAUUGCAAAUGUGAACCAACCAAUUAUAGGUGUUGAUUUUUUAAAACACUAUAAUCUUUUGGUUGAUGUUAAAAGUGGUUGUUUGAUUGAUGGCAUAACUAAA